AUGAAGUAUUCAAAAGCCAUGGUUGCAUCUCAGCUUUUUGAGGAACCUGUUGAUCUAUCGGUUGCUUCCCGAGUAAUUCCUAUCUCUAUUUUGUUAGAUUUAUUCUUUUCUUCUUUUAUCAUCUUUGAAGAGCUUCAACAACAUAAAUUACAUCUCUUGAUUACCUAUCAGAAAAGUACAUUUGUUGUUGGCAUGAUUUGUUGUGAAGAAGAACUUCAAAGCAGGUGGGUGAACUUGAAUGCUCUUAAAAGACUCGUACAAGCAGAUGCACUUAAGAUGGAGAUUAUUCGAAAUCCAAAGGAAGUUGAAGGAAUUAAAGUUCUUCAGCUAGAAACAGCAGCUGGUGCUGCAAUCAAGUUUUUCGAUAAUGCGAUUGGAAUCAUCGUUCCCCGAUCUCGAUUCCUUCCAGUGAAAGCAAGUUCAUAUCUGCUCCUUGUUCAAUCUGAUCUUUACCCGGAAAAAGAUGGGUAUUUGGUCCGUAAUCCAGCUAGGACAGAUCCAGCAAACCCUUCAAUUGAAUUGGGUCCUGAGUUUAAGAAGGUUGGAGAUUUCUUGAAGCGUUUCAAGUCCAUCCCCAGUAUUAUCGAGCCAGAUAGCUUGAAGGUUUCUGGUGACGUGUGGUUUGGAUCUUCAUUUGUUCUCAAGGGUAAAGUGGUCAUUGUAGCAAAGUCCGGAGACAAGUUGGAAAUCCCUGAUAAAGUCGUAAUUCAAAACAAGGAAGUCCAUGGUGCUGGUGAUAUCUAA